CGUCCAAGGAGCACUCCCUUCUCUCUCCGAGCCUGACAUUCUUGGUAAAUAACGCGUCGAAAGAAUAUUCCAGCGACUUGAGAAAGGGUAUAAGAGUCGGGCGGGUCGGUGCGCGAAACUAAAUCGGAGCAAGAGCAUCCCCCAGAAAAGCAGGGCAGCCCUUCCGCAGCGGCGAGAAUGAUGAUGCAGUCUUCCGGCACCGAGACCCUCUUCAGCAACGGCAGCCUCUUCGAGACGCCCAGAAUCCGAGUCCUGUGGCCGCUCCGCCAUGCGGGCUUCGAGGACGUCGAGCAGGACUUCUUGAGGAGACGCACUGCGAUGAUGGACAGCAUCAUGAAGGAUUUCUGCCAAGCGUUCCCUUACGACUUCUUGAAGGGCAGAGGCUCCAGCCCCGCCGUGGGCCGCCUGGCACUCCUGGGUGCCGGCAGCCCCAGUGAAAAACCCGGCCCGGGGGACAAGUUCGAGCUGGCCCUGGACGUGCGGGAAUUUUCCCUGGAGGAUAUUACGGUGAGGUUAGUGGGCAGAAAGCUGGUGGUCACCGCCGUGAAGCAGGAGGAACCGAGAAAGGGAGCCGGCAAAGACGCCAACCUCAAGGAGUUCUCCCAAGAAAUCGAGCUGUCCGAGCGCCUUAACCUGGCGGCGCUGACCUGCUCCCUGACCGCCGACGGGCUGCUGAAGAUCGAAGCGCCGCCCGUCCAGCCGUCGGAAUCGGAGGAAAGACAAGUCCCCAUCCGGUUCAGAACAUCCCUGAAUGUGCCCAUCUGCAACAGCCAGAACAAGGAGGCGAGCACUGCGAAAAAGCCUUAAGUUAUUAUUAUUUUUUUUAAUUUAUAUGUUAAAUCCAAGCGCUGCGCAUGGAUACAGGAAAAAAAACAAUGUUUUUUAUCACUUUUUGUUGUUGUGGACUUCAUAUUAGUUCUAACGAACUAUUACAAGACUUAGAUUUUUUUUAAUACAAAAUCAGGAAUGAAACCGCUGAUGUUUAAUAUUUAAAGUGAAAUUAAACGGAAGUGGAAAAAAAACCCUUCGGAGUUUGGAAUGUAAAAUACUUGUAGUGUACACGGACACGGAGUACUAAAUGCUAAUUGAUUUUAUUGUAAAAGUUUUUAUUUGACAACUUUUAAGAAUUAGACUAGGACAUGCUCACAUUUUAAUUUUUUUUAUAAAAAUCUUAAUUUGAUACCAUGAGAUUUUUUUAAAUGUUACUUUAAUAAAUGAUAA